AUUUUACGAUUAUACUGUUAAUAAUUAUUCUUAUUUUUGAAAGACUACUAUGUUUAAUCGUAAAUUAAAAGCUUUAGGAUAUUUAGAAUGGGAUAAAGUCAAUGGAAACAGUGAGUUAUUUUAUACGUACUUAUUAAGACUUCUAACGAAUAGCAUACGUUUCACAAUUUUAGAUACCGAACAUUUUCGUAAGGUUGUCAUAUGGUUGGAAGAUCAAAAAAUUAGACUUUACACGAUUGAAAAACGCAAUGAUUUACGAAAUAUUAAAUCUGAUAAAUGGCCAGAAGUCUUCCAAAAAUAUUGUAAAGAUAUAGAUUGUCCAAUAACAACUAAUCCUCUUGAUCAGCUUGAAUGGCUCAUAGGACGUGCUGUUAAUUUAGAAUAUGCAGAUGACUGUAAAAAGUACCAACAAGUUACUGGAAAUAAAAAAAAUAAGCAAGAAUCUUUAAAACCUAGUCUAAAGUCAUCAAAUCCAUUAGAUAAUUUAGAUUUUUACAGCAAAGAAUUUAAAAAUGGUGUCAAUGCUAUAGCAAAACUUUUGAAUAUUCCAAAACAUUCUAGUCAUCUUACUACGCUUGAAGCUUGUAGUAAACUUGUAUGUAACCGACUGAAUGCAGCAGCAGUUGCGAAUCCUAAUACUGUUAUUGUAAAAGGCAAACCAUUUCCAAUAAUGGAUACUAAAUCUGGUAUCAGUUUAGGUGAUGUGGUUUUAGAUAAUGCUGCAAAAGGUUUAACAUUAUUAUACAUUCAUGAUUUGAGAAAUCUGCAAACAAAGAUUAAUGAACUGAUUGUUUCUGUACAAAAUAUUACAGCUAAUCCUAAAACUGAUACUAAAUUAGGAAAAGUUGGAAAAUAAAGUGCAUUAUAUGUAAAUUUUCUUAUAUAAUGUACACAAUAUCGAUCUAUUUAUACCUAAUAGACUGUAAUAUCUAAUAUACGCUUUAUUAAUGCGAUUUAUAGUCAAGAAACCAAUUCGUUAUGAAUAUUAAUGAGUAUAUAAAUUAUAUACAUUAUAGGCUUUUCUAGAAUGAUAUAUUCUGAAAAAUAUCAUGCAGUAUGUACCUCGUUUACUAUGAUAUAAAUAUACAAUCGAAUAGUAAUUAUUUAAUUAAACUCUAAAAAUAGAUAUUUACAAUAAAUCUUUUAUUGUCUUGCUAUUGUAUUUAAAUAAAGAAUACUAGUUGUUAUAUAUACAAUUAGUAUCAUAGAACAUAAUACUCAUUAAAAGAUUAAUAAUUAAAUUUUUAAAUGUCAUGGAAUAAUAUAAAAGGAAUAUUAUUUAAGUAAUUGAAAACAUCACAUUAUAUAGAUAUUACAAAAUGUAUAUUGUAGUGUAAUACAUUCAUAAGUGAAAAUUGAAUUAUAUAAAAACAAUUUUUGCUAAAAAUACUGAUAAAAAAUAAAAUAACUUAAGGAUUUAUACUAAUUCUACUAA